UCGCACAUGCUAGCUGCAGCUAACUUCACCCUGUUUCCGCGUGUUGAUGCUGAAGAGAGGAUCGCGGAGAAACAAACAUUUUGCAUCGCAGAGAGCCAGAAGUAGAGGAAAAUGGACAUGAAGAAGCGGGUUUCUUUAGAGUUGAGGCACCGAUCUCCAGCAGAGGUCCAGGAGCUGGUGCUGGACAACUGCCGCUCCAGUGAGGGAAAGAUCGAGGGCAUCACAGAGGAGUUCUCCAACCUGGAGCUGCUCAGCCUCAUCAACGUGGGCCUGACCAGCGUGGCAGACAUCCCCAAGCUGGACAAGCUGAAAAAGUUGGAGCUGAGCGACAACCGGAUAUCGGGCGGCCUGGAGGUCCUGGCAGAGCGGCUGGUCAACCUGACGCACCUCAACCUGAGCGGCAACAAGUUUAAGGACAUCAGCACGCUGGAGCCGCUGAAAAAGCUGCCUCAGCUGAAGAGCCUGGACCUGUUCAACUGCGAGGUGACCAACCUGGGCGACUACAGGGACUCCAUCUUCACGCUCCUCCCGCAGCUCACCUACCUGGACGGCUACGACGUGGACGACUGCGAGGCGUCCGACUCGGACGGCGAGGGCGACGGCAUCGACGAUGAGGAUGAGGAAGGGGAGUCGGAGGAGUUCACGGAGGAGGAGGAGGAUGAAGAGGACGUUGUAGCAGCAGAAGAGGAUGAUGACGACGAAGACGACAGCGGCGACGAAGAGGACGGCGCCGUGAACGGAGAAGUGGACAGCGAGGACGACGACGAUGACGAGGAGGAUGAGGAAGAUGAAGACGAGGAUUCGUCUCCAGUCAAAGGCCAGAAGAGGAAGAGAGAGCCUGAAGACGAAGACAAUGAAGAUGACGAGUGAAGCCCUGUAGACCCCCACCCCCCCACCACCCUCCCACGCCCGUUUCCCAUAAGCCAACAGCAGCUCUGCUUCCACUCUCUCUGGGCUGCAUCCCAACCAUGAAGCCUCCCAAAAAAAAACAAAUACCUUCUGUUUCCCACCUCUGCUCAGACUGCAGUCACAUUAAACCUUUAUUUAAGUUUCUGGAGUAAGUGAAACUCCUCAGAUUAUUCAGCAUCAUAUAUAUAUGACAGUUUCUUUUUUUUAUUUUUGUUUUUUUGUUUUUUUUGGACAUUUCUUAAAAACUCAGGAAUAAAAUGCUGAAGCUUCAGACUGAACAGUUAGUCGAUUAAAAUUCCCACAGAAGACAUAAUAUCAGAUGGUUCCCUUAAAGCAAUUCCAGGAGAGGAGAUUUCUUGUUUUGUCUUAUUUAUACAAAGAAUUGUCUCCUUUCUAGUAAAUCCAUAAAGACACGUUUUGAUUAUUAAAAAAAUUCAAAACAAGAAAACCCAGGUGAUUAAUUUUACCCCGCCGUUUAAACCAAAAUCCCUUCUCCGUUUAGAAAGUGCAUGCAGUUUUAACCCAGAACAGACAUGAAAUCCACCUGCAGUCAAAGGAAAGCGUCGGUGAAGCCGUUUAAAUCUCUCCCUGUUGGUCAUAUCCACCAGAAGCUACAAAGUAGACGAUGUGAAAUGGGGAAAUUCAGGUCAGCGGAUGCAGAUUUUUGUACUUUUGAGGUUUGAAUCAAGUCUGUUAUUCCUGGUUUCUCGUCUUCUUCCUAUUUCUAUAUGUCCAUGAUCUUCUGGUAGCCCCCCCCCCCCCUCGUCCCGUUUCCCCGCAGCCGAGCGCGCUCAGGGCAAACCGUGGUGUUUUUCCUUUUUUUUUUGUUUCUUUUUUUUUUUUUUGCCAGCAGAGCUUUUUAAAAGAUCUAUUUUUCCAGAGAACGUUUUGUUUACUUUUUGUAUGGCUGUCUCGGGACGCUGUGUCUCUCUCCCCCCCCCCCCCCUCCCCCCCAUCUUUCUCUCCGUCUGCCUUCCUGUUUGUUUCCAGAGAGAUCCAGCUGUCCCUUCACUCUUACAGCGACUCGACGAGGUUGUUUUCUUCCUUUUGUUUAUUACUUUCUGUAAGUUAAAUGAGAAAUCAUACAAAAGGACUCUGUAAAUAAAAUCUUAACAUUUUC